AUUUCGCGGUGCUCGCGGCGCGCAGGCGCGUACGCACGCCGGACCAAGAUGGCGACCGAGUGAUUCCAAGUUUGAAUUAAAUUCUGAAAUAACUAAACGUAUUCGCUGUUUCGAAUUUAUCAAUGCUAAAUUGCUGUUUAGUGAUAUUUAAAACGCGAUCGUUGACUUUAAGCUUUUUAUCGAUAGUGUGCGAACAUUGAUUUUUGCAUGGUGCUGACACGAGUAUAUACAUGUUGGUACACCAUAUUAUUACAGUUAUGAAGCAAUCAUGAGUCAGAAGAUAUUGAAGAUUAAUAAAUUUUAUAUCUCAAUCAAGAUGGUAUGAAACGAAAGAUUCGUUUAUAAUCCGCAAGACGUAGCCUAAAAGGCGUGUUGCAAGUAAGGUUCGAGCGCGGAUCUACGCGGUCGGCCUUACUAACAGGUGAGGCGGCGACGCCACACAGAACAUGAUACUAAGGUUGCCGUGCCCUUUCACACAGACAUCCCUAGCCAGUUUACGACAAGCGCCCGCAUCCGGCCACUCCACCGGGCCGGCCUGGUGGACCAUGAUGAACGGGGUCGGCGGCGCGCUGUACGAGGAAGCGCACGCGUCGCCACCCGGCGGCUCACCACCAGCCGCGCCCGCCGCAGCACCACCUUCCGCAUCCAGCGCAUCGCCGGCCUCAGUGGGCUCCAACCCUCCACAGGCGCCCUUGCACAUUCCGGCUAAGCGCUAUGAACCUGAGCCGGGAGUCAUUCGGCACGCGCAGCAACCGUGGGGCUACCCACCUGAUGCGCCGCCCUCCUUCGAGUAUCAAUACCCCACCGCGCCAACCUACCACAAUUUGCCAGUUGAAAGGGAGCGUAAGUCGACGUUACCCUUCUGGCCGACUAGUGGAGGCGACUAUAAACCGUAUGCGGACGGUGGCUGUCAUCAAGGUUUCUCACAGCCUUGCUGGAACUACGCAUACGGUGCACCACGUGGAGACCAGUCCUUACCCUACGUCGGUGGUGACGAACGCCGGACGGCAGUAUCCGAAGCCUCCAGCUUCUCCCACGAUGCAUAUGGCCUGCGGAACUAUGCACCCGAGACGGUGCCCACUGGGCCCUACCCGCCUCCAGGCUCUCUGCCAGGUUCCCUUUCGAUGUCAGUCGGCGUAGGAGUCGGUUGUGGCUCAUCGAAUCCCCUAGACUGGACCGGUCAAGUGACGGUCCGUAAGAAACGCAAACCAUACUCGAAAUUCCAAACAUUGGAAUUAGAGAAGGAGUUUCUAUUCAACGCGUACGUAUCAAAACAGAAGAGGUGGGAGCUCGCGCGGAAUCUGAAUUUGACAGAGAGACAAGUGAAAAUAUGGUUCCAGAACAGACGAAUGAAGAAUAAGAAGAAUUCACAGCGGCAAGCGGCGCAAGCGGCGCAGAACAAUAACAAUAACUCGAACGCCAAUAACCACAACCACCACGGCGGCCACCAUCACGCACCGCACCACGUGGCGCUGCACCACGCCGCUCCAGCCAAGCACCAUCAGUGACCCGCGCCUUUCUCUGGGACUUAUCCCCUUCACCACGGUAUAGCCAGCUAAAUCGAAGGAAAGUUCCAAAGGACUAAUGUGAUGUGGUCGUACUUAAAGGUUUUAGGGUGUUUUAACGUCCCGUCGUCAUCCGAUCUAUAAUUGAAUCGUAUGUCGCUAUACCGUCUCGUACGUAAACUGGACGCUUUGCGCCUCGAGUCCCAGAGAAUCUCAUAGUAAGAUAAAAUUGUGUUGUCGAUUUGUGUAUAGUAUUAAUUACAAAAAUUAUGUUCUGUAAUUUUAACGAGACUAAGUACAUGAGUAGAUAACGAUUCCUGAUAUUAAUAAUGUCUAGUAUAGCGCUGAUUAUGUAUUUGAAAUUUAUAUAUGAACGAAUUACGAAUAUAUAUAAAGACGUCACCGAUGAAUCAUAGUUUCUAGAUAGUUUAUUAAAAAUAAAUUUUGUAAAAUAUUUUUGUGAGACUGCUUAUUGUUGUAUUCGUAUCGCUGUUCGAAAGGGUGAUUAGUCUUUAAUCAGUUAAUUUUUAUUUUCGUUACCAAAUUGUUGAAUUACUCGGGUUGCUUUGGUGGCAGUUAUAGAUAUCCAUUGUCGAGUUGUACGAUAUAUAGACACUAAUUAUAGAUAACGGCAGCCAUUAUAGCUAAUAUAUACCUAUCGCUAUCAUCGACGCAUCACAUCCUAUUAAAUAUUCCAGUAAUAAGCAGAAUAUCCACAUUAUGAUCAAAUAUUUAUUACUGUUUAAUUUCUUAUAUCAUAAUUCGUAAAUUUUGUUAUAUAAAUUAUGGAUUUCUGACAAAGCUUUAACUCGGUUCCAGUAGAAUUAUACAAUAAGUUACUGUUAUGACAUUUUUUUUUUUAAUAUUGAAGUUGAUGUUAUAAUCAAUUAAUUAGGUAUUAUGGGCAAGUGCAUUAAUAUUGUCCUCUAUUGGUUCAUUGUACUGUUCGCUUUAGCCUGUCCUAUUACUUUUAUUUUGUUUUAGUUGAAUAUUUUAUUAUUUAUUUAUACACAGAAUGUAACUGUAAUAUAUAAAGUAGUUGUAUCAUUCUCUACAUCGAACUAAUUGAUUUUAAUUAAGCGUAUGUAAAAUUUUAUAAAAUCCAUUUUAUUUGUAGUGAUCAGAGUUACUCAUCCCAGUUUUAGGAUAUCCAUUUUGUAAUAUUUAGCAACCUUCAUCUUUCCUAUUUUAUGAUAUUAUUAUAUCUAUGUAAUAAAUGUUUUAUUGUAAUUAAAGUUAGUAGUUCAAUCGGAUCUAAUUCAUUAAAUCUGUAUUGUCCCGUAAUUUUAUAUAGUGAAUAAUUAGAUGUUUUUGUACAAGUGGCGACCUCGUCUAGGUAACCGAAUUUCUGUAUUAUUGCAAAGCAUCUAAUAAUAAACAAUAUAAACGUAGUUGAUCGAAGUUUAAAUUUAGAGAGAUUUCAUAUUAUCAAACCGUUUUCAUAAAGUAAUAUUGGCUUAUAAAAUAUAGAAAAUACGAUGCAUUUUCCAUUAAAACAUUAUAUGAGUAUCAAAGCACGUAAUUAUUUCAAAAUAAAUAGAAAUUAAUUGGCAAAGUACUUAGUGAUGAAAUUUCUGUCCUAUUAUUCAAAUUUGAAUAGUAUCUUUGCACAAACAGAUUUUUAAGUAAAAAAAAGUAUUUCUUUUUCAAUUGGAACUGUAUAUUGCCGAUUUCAGGAGACAUUACUAUAGAACCAUACCUAAAUAUAUUAAUGUAAUAAUUAAAGGUCUCGUAAUUAUUAUUGUACAGUUAAAUUAAUGUAGUUAAUCACGCCAGAAAAAUGUGAGUUUUUGUUAAGUAUAAUGUAUAAUUAAAAUGAAUGUGCUCUCGACAGUUUUAUGACGAAUUUAGAAAAGAAUGUAUGAAAGGGGAAAAAAAUUAAAUACUUCGUCGUGUCUGGGC